AUGGAUUUGAGUCAACAAGUAGAAAAUUACCAUCUCAUUGGCAACGUGAGACCUGAAAAAAUACGUCGACCCUUUAAUUCUCGUAUCGUUCAAAACUUCAUCCUUGUAUGGUUACAUUCUGAUGUUGAUGACAUGCAUGAAAAUGAGUUUCGUAAGUCAAUCACUGAACUACGAACAGUUGUUAAUGACAUCAAUACGUUUACCGAUGUUGAUCAAUGCAUCGAUUUCGUUAUUGACAUUAUAGACGAAAAAGUCUUGAUGAUUAUUUCUGAUGAAUUAAAUCAAAAUAUUGUGCCAUCCGUGCACGAGAUAAUUCAAAUUAAUUCCAUUUACAUCCUUUCUAAAAGUCAGUCACAACAAAGAGAAUGGACACAAGAAUGGCCAAAAGUGAAGGGCAUGUUUCCAUCAAUUUUAUCUAUCUGCCAAGUGCUCGAACAGGAUGCACACAGAUGUGAUCAAGAUUUAGUUUCGAUCAGCCUUGUGUCGACCAAUAGAGAAACAUUCAAUGAAAAUUUGGAUCAAUUGGAUCCAUCAUUUAUGUAUACACAGAUCCUGAAGGAAAUAUUAUUGGCAAUUGAUUUCAAUGAACAACAUAUUACAGAUUUUAUCACCUAUUAUCGGCAAAAAUUUACUGAUAAUGGUAUACAAUUGAAUAAUAUCGAUGGACUCGCAAGAGACUAUAAAGACUACUCGCCUAUCUGGUGGUAUACUCACAAAUGUAGUCUUUACUCUGUGCUCAAUCGAGCUUUACGCUUCAUGGAAGUAGAUACAAUCAUCAAAAUGGGCUUCUUCAUUCAAGAUCUUCAUCGUCAAAUCGUACAGCUACACUCAGAACAAUAUAGAGAGUACCAUGAAUUGGCGCCAUUUACUAUCUUUCGAGGUCAAGGUUUACCUAAGAAAGAGUUUGAGAAAAUACGAAAUACACAAGGUGGGCUCAUAUCUUUUAAUAACUUUUUGUCUACGAGCAAAGACCUAAGUAUAGCUCAAGGCUUUGCUAGUAGUUCUCUUGCUAGUUCAGACUCUGUGGGAAUAGUCUUCGUGAUGAUGAUUGAUCCUUCAAUAAAGUCUACUCCUUUUGCUUGCAUCAACCACGUAAGUUACUACAAGACCGAAGACGAAAUUCUAUUUUCGAUGCAUACCGUGUUUCGUAUUGGCAAUAUCAUACAAAUCAACGGUAACAAUCGUCUAUGGCAGGUAGAUUUAAUACAGACCAAUGAUAAUGAUUCACAGUUAAAUGCUCUUACUGAACGGAUACGUGAUGAGAUAAGAGGAUGUACUGAAUGGGAUAAACUCGGUAAAUUGCUAUUUAAACUUGGCCACUUUGAUAAGGCCGACGAAUUACACGAAGUUCUCCUCGAGCAAACAUACAGUGAUCGUGAGAAAAUACAGUUCAAUCAUCAACUUGGAUGGAGCAAGGUGCACCAGAAGAAAUAUGAAGAAGCAAUUGCAUAUUAUCAGAAAUCGCUUGAAAUCAAACAGAUAGUCACGCCUGACAACCAUAAUGCGUUAGCUGUUUCUUUUAAUCACAUUGGUUCCGUAUAUGAGAAGAUGAAUGAAUACACCAAAGCUCUUUUAUAUUAUGAAAAAGGGCUUGAAUUGCAACAAAAAAUAACUCCUUUAAAUUAUUCUGGUCUAGCAUCUUGCCUCGCCAAUAUUGGAUCUGUUUAUGAAAAAAUGAAAGAAUACUCAAAAGCCCUUGAAUUUCAUGAAAAAGCACUUGAAAUGCGACAAAAUAUAUCGCCUGCGAAUAAGGUCAGUUUGGCUUAUUCUCAUCAUAGUAUUGGUUCUGUGUAUGAAAAGAUGGGCGAGUAUCAAAAAGCACUUUUAUCACACGAAAAAGCACUGGAAAUUCAACAAAUAGCACUUCCUUCGAAUCAUCGUGACUUGGCUCAAUCUCAUAGCAGUAUCGGCUAUGUAUAUAGUAAGACAGGUCAAUACGCAAAAGCACGUCAACAUCAUCAAAAAUCUGUCGAUAUUGGACAACGAUCACUACCUGCCAAUCAUCCUAAUCUUCAAAAAUUUCGAGAAAACCUUGAAUAUAUAAAAAGAAAAUGUAGAUGA